GGAGUCCCGACGACAUGAAAAGAGUCGCGGGAACGAACGAACUCAUGCUGAUGUACGGUGAUGAAUCAUGAGUCACAUUGAGGGCUAAAUAGUAACUUUGAAAGAUAUAGUAGUUUCGCUCAUAAUAGUUUUAUGGGUGGUCGGGGUGAAGUCCUUUGUAGUCGGUUUGACGGCUACGUGGGAAUAUUGAUCACUGGGCAAUUCUUCCGAACAUCCUUCGAUCUCCUGUAAGAUCGGUGCAAUUACUUGGCACAAUUUUUCGAAAUCGUGAAGGGAGAACAGAUCUAGUGGUCAUAGAUUCAAGUGCCUGUACUGAUUUGAAGAACCUUCUAGCUGAUCCCGAGCUUUAAUUAGUGAGAAGAGUUUAAAAGCAUGACGAACUCCGAGCUCGUCGCAAAGUCUAUAAUCGCAGACGAUGAACUUGGAUUCAGCCGUGAGAAGCAACAAUUGCCCUCACAGCAUUCGGCUCUCAGUCACAGAGGAGUUCAAGUGGAAUCGUCAGUCGAAGACAUCUCCGGCAGCGAUAUUCCUCUAUUCACGACGGUCAUCAGAAUCGCGCAGGAGCUGGUUGACGAGAUGAAGGAUAUCAAUAACGAUAAAGAGGCAGAGAAGGAGGACGUCGUGCUCGAGGAUACGUCAAAGGAAGAAAAUAGGGAGAGCAAAGCGGAUUUGCCUGGCGUAGCGUCAGCUGAGCCCGAAUCUCCAUCAAAGGGUCAGAAAUGCGACGCUACUUCCAGUGCUAUGGAAAUCGAAGCACUUGCAGUGGAUUUAGAGAGAUCAACCGAGCCUGUUGCUGGGAGCUCUCGAUCUGAACGGAAGAAGCAGAAGCAAUUGCAAUCGGUAGAAAAUUGUCCAGAAGAAAGAGAGCAGCCUGCCCCAGCGGCUCCCGUACGCAAAGGUCCUUCCAAGAUCAAGAAAUUUUUCUCCUGGGCAGGAGACGUGGAGAUCAUACUCUCCAAUAUUCUUCGUGAAGACAAAGCCAGCGGAAGUACAAUUCCCGCCUCGAGAGUGCACCCGUAUUGGAUGACAGUCGUCGAGCGGUUGGCGCGCGAGAGAAUCUUUGUCUCAGAAGUGCAGGUAACCGAGAAGGUGCGUCGCAUGAAGAGGAAAUACAGCACCAUCUGGAGGAUUGGGCCUGACCUGUGGAGGAGUGAUCAUGAGUUGAGGCUCUUCAACAUAUGGGACAAAAUUUGGGGUACGGGAGCACAUGUAGGCCGCUUGACUCAGGCAAAGGAGGUGUCGGACAAGAGCACUGAGAAACUCUGUGGUGAUGAAGAGCAAGCCACAGGGCGUCCGUCCACUUCCACCAGGAAGCCUAGCGAGUCCUCCGAGUCUGCCAGAGAAUUUCCAGUCGUCCAACGGCAAGAACUAGCAGUUGGGAAAUCAGCACUCACUGAUGAAGCAAGAGAAGCGAAAGGCAAAUCGAAGCGUCCAACUGAAGGGCGCCCUGCAAUCGCCUCCGAGCCCCGACUUUUCCCGCCGCUUAUUCCGCGAAUCGGAAACGCAUCCGACAGAGGAGUCGAGGCAGCCCACAUCGAGCCUGGCGGGAUCGAUUCUGCAAGACGGAAGAAACCGAAAGCUCCCGUGCCGACCAUUGCAUUGCAAUUGAGCCGAACUCUCAGAGACGUUUCCACUGUCGUUCAGGAGUUCAGAGACUCGUGCCUUGAGCACAUAGAGGCGACCCGCAAAGAGACGGCUGCAAUCGUCGACGAUGCGCGUUGUUACGCCCUCGGAAGGAAGCACCGCUGCACUCCGUCGUGUUCAAGCUGUUGGUGUUCGGACUCUCAAGGCUUGUUUCGUGGGCUGAAGCGCGACGAUUUGUUACACAGAUGCCCCUGCUCCCGAGCGUCCGAUGAGAUGCGAGAGCAAUUGUUCGUCCUGCGUAGUCAGGAGAUUGAGAUGGAGGAAAAACAACUCGAGAUAGAACUGAAGCGGGUGCAGCUUGCGAAGGAGAUUGCGAAACGACUAGGUCACUUUGAUUGAAUCUACGGUUGAAAGGGUUCACCGAAUGUUGAGGCUGGGACCUACGGUUGACUCUUCCACUGACGAAAGCAUGAGAACGAGCGAGAUGCAGUGAAACAGCAAUGGAUUUUAUUGAAUUUUGAAGUCGGAGCUGUAUAUAUGUACCACGAUUCCAAGGGAUUCACCGGGAGAUGCAGUUGAUGUACCUGAUAGUUUCAAGAUUAAUUCUACGUACCUUUCAAAUACUUUGUGUGAUAUGAUACUUGCAGUAAAGGCCUUGGUCAUGGGAUGGCCGUUAGUCUG